AUGUUCGCCCAGACCCUCAUCCAGACGACCCUCCUCGCCGCAGUGGCAACGGCAGCCAGUCUUCCCGUCAGACAAACUACAACCACCUUCCGCCUCGCCGCAAACGUAACAAACUUCGACCUCACACCCUCCAUCCAGGGCCAGGAGCUCACCUAUACCCCAACAGCAGACUGCGCAGCCAGUGUUGUCUUCGGCCUAGCUGGCCAAGGCGCCGAAUUCUACGCCACCGGAAGCACGGUCAACGUCGCCCACCUCUCUGGCGAAAACUCUUCUCCUUCGGCCGGGUUGAUCGUCACACCCGGCGGUACGGCGACGGUGCCGAGCCUGAACACCGUCCAGCUGCAGUGCGGAGCUGGGACAUCUGGCGUGACCGUUACCGACGGAAGUCUGCAGUUUGAGGACGGGUUCUGGAUGGCGUGUCCCAGGAACGGCAGCGUUGUGCUGAGCUUUAAGAAGGCCGGCCAGAGAACCCUUCUGGGGUGCGCUGAUGUUCAGCUUCUCAGCACUUAG